AUGCCAGAUCUAGUCAGCAAGUUUGAGUCAUUAUCACUAACCGUGCCAGAGCGGGGGCCGGAGCAGGCUGCGUACGAGGCGCAAUGGCGGUCGGUGCUGCAGACCGGGCAGGUGCAGGCCAAGCUGGGCGAGCUGAACCUGUUUCUGCGGGACCACUCGUUCGUCGCGGGCACGGAGCGCCCGCUGCGCGUAGACGCGGAGCUGUUCGAGGCAGUGCUGCCGGUGACGCGGGAGGUGCUGGCUGCGUCGAAGGACGUGCGGGAGCAGUGCGGCAAGCACCGCCACGUGAUCAGGUGGGCCAAGUACCUGCAGGAGCUUCUGGACGUUCCUGAGGCGGAGCGGGUGCUGGUGGACGAGGCGAUGGAGUUGCCGCGGGAGGUGAUCGAGAAGAAGAAGAAGGAGGCGAAGGGUGAGGUGGCGGCGGCCCCUGCCGGCGGCAAGGGCAAGGCGGAGGACAAGGCGGAGGGCAAGGCGGCGCGCGGCAAGCCGGACGAGGCGACGUUGGCGCGGCUGCGUGAGGAGGCGAAGGCCAAGAAGGCCGCGAAGAAGGCAGCAGGCGCUCAGCAGCAGCAGCAGCAGGCGGCCGCGCCGGCCAAGACGUCGCCCGGCAUGAUCGACUUUCGCGUUGGGUUCAUCCAGAAGGCGAUCAAGCACCCCGACGCAGACGCGCUGUACGUGUCGACGAUCGACCUAGGCGAGCCAGAGGGCCCGCGGACAGUGUGCUCCGGGCUUGCGAAGCACAUUCCGCUGGAGGAGAUGCAGCAGCGCCACGUGGUGGUGGUGUGCAACCUGAAGCCCGUCAACAUGCGGGGCAUCAAGUCUGCGGCUAUGGUGCUGUGCGGCUCGAGUGACGGGAAGGUCGAGCUGGUCAUCCCGCCCGCCAACAGUGCGGCGGGCGACAAGGUGUUCUUCGAGGGCUACGGCGACGAGGAGCCGCUCAAGCAGCUCAACCCCAAGAAGAAGAUCUGGGAGCAGGAACAGCCGCAUUUCACGACUACCGCGGACCUCGAGGUCGCCUACAAGGACGACAGCGACGCGGUGCCUUUGAGAAAGCUAACUAACGCCCGGGGCGAGACCUUCAAGGUGUCGUCGCUUGCGCACGCCCACGUCAGCUGA